GAUCAAACACAAGUCAAAAAAAGCACAGUGGCUUAUGAUUGCUGAAGGAAGGAUGAGCAGCAGUAUGAGCACAACAGAAGAAUCAGUGCUUGAUUUGCUGCCCAAGUUCAGAUUCCAUCCCUCUGAGGAGGAAAUGGUGAACCUUUUGAAGAAUAAGGUGGAGGGCCAGGACUCCCAAGCCAUGCCUGAUGAAAUCGUUGACAAGCCUUGGGAUUUACCUGAUAAUGAAUCUAUCCAACUUUUUUGUCGCUUCUUGAAGAGGAUGAUGCAGGGCAAGGCCUCCCAAUCCAUCCCUGAAAUCGAUGUCUACAAGUACGAGCCUUGGGAUUUAGCUGAGCUCAUGUUCCCAGACUCUCCAUAUCAACCUAGGGCCUGGUUCUCCUUCAGCCGACCUGAUUACAAAUAUGCCAACAGUAGUCGCUGCAACAGGGCCACAGGGAAGGGCUUCUGGAAAAUCACAGGCAAGCCACGACAAGUCAAGUCUCGACAACUCCCCAAAUCGGUCACUUGCAAAAAGAGGACCUUGACCUUCCAUGAAGGUCGUGUGUCUAAGUCCAGGAACACCGGCUGGGUCAGGCAGGAGUACUAUCUCACUCCAACUGACCCAGGUUCUAAUCCCAAUCAGCUGAGUGGCUUUGUUCUCUGCCGCAUGAAGAAUAAGUCAACUGACAAUGAGUCUGAUGAUAAGAAGCAGCAGGAUGUUUCAAUCUGUGUUGAAUCAGCUGAUCCUGGUAUUGCUGGCUGCAUGGCCUCUAAUUCUGAGCUUGAUCAAGCUGCUGGAAUUCAUCUGAUUCCGGAGGCAGAAGAACAUCUGACAUACAAAGAGCUAGAACAUGUUCUCCUUGGAAGUGGCAAUCAGAACGAUGGUGAACCUAAUGGCUUUGUUUCAUCUGAUUUUGAUGAUAUGAUUCAAGAGCUAUGUGCUAAGGGAGGAGAGUAUCUGGAUUCACCUUCUCCUCCUGAGCGGCCUCACCAACACCAGCUACCUCAGCUGGGAAAUGUUCCUGUUACUGGUGAUUACGUUGGCUCUAAUUCUAAUAACCAAGCUGCUGCUAUCAAUCAUAUGAUUCCACACCCAGAAGAUUUUCUGACCUACAAGGAGCUAGAACAUGUUCUUGGCACUUGCAAUCCUGAUGCUGGUGAACCUGGUGGCUGUGUUUCAUCUAAUAUGCUUCAAAAGUUAUGUGCUCAGCUAGGAGAAGAGCUGGAUUCACCCAUUCCUCCUCCUGGGCCACCUGAGCUGGGAAAUGCUACUUAUGUCUAUACUGAUGAAUGCAGUAGCUGGCCAUCUCCAAUUGGGGAUAAUGAUUCUUCUCUUCCAAACAAGAAUAGUAUUCCGACCAACUAUGAAAGUAAACCAGUUAGCUAUGACAGUAAACCAGUUAGCAAUACCGCCUCUAAUUUCGAGAAUCAAACUAGGAUUUCAGAGGUUUAUUCUCAAGCAGAAGAAAAUCUGGAAUCGUUCUUUCGUCAAUUUGAGCUAGAGGGAGAUUUUCUGCAUGCCAAUAACUAUAUUGGAUGCAAUGAGUCGCAAUCUGCGACUCUUUUCCCACAAAGUUCUUGAAUAACAGAAACAUCAUAAACUCUUUUCAAUGACUACAAAAUACCAAAAUCAUUGGAAAGGGUUUAUGACGUGUGUGGGAGGGAUUUUCGUUCCCAAAGAAUAAGGAGUAAAAGACCACACCCUGCAAAACAAUACGGAGUAAAAGACAAUACAAUAGUCAACGAAUGGAUGGAGAUUAGACCCUUCGAUGCCUAAGUUAGGCCGAGUGUUUGUAGUCAACAAUAGUCAACAAUAGUCAACAAAUGGAUGGAGAUUAGACCAUUCGAUGCCUAAGUUAGGCCGAGUGUUUGUAAUCAACAAUAGUCAACAAUAGUCGACAAAUGGAUGGAGAUUAGACCCUUCGAUGCCUAAGUUAGGCCGAGUGUUUGUAGUCAACAAUAGUCAACAAUAGUCACAAUAGUCGCCAAUAGUCGCCAAUAGUCGCCAAUAGUCGCCAAUAGUCGCAAUAGUCAACAAUAGUCGACAAAUGGAUGGAGAUAAGACCCUUCGAUGCCUAAGUUAGGCCGAGUGUUUGUAAGAAAACAAUAGUCAACAAAAGGAUGGAGAUUUCUUUACGGGGGUGUUGGCCAAAGACCCUUCAAUGCCUAAGUUAGGCAGAGUGUUUGUAGGAAAACGAUAGUCAACAAAAGGAUGGAGAUUUUUUCAGGGGGGUGUUGGCCAAAGACCCUUUGAUGCCUAAGUUAUCCCCGUAGAUAUUUUGCUCCCUCAAGUGGAUGCCACAGUGACGCUGACACUGAAGUACUCCAUGGAAAGAUUUUCUGUAUUAGCUAUUGGAGAGAAACACAACAUUUUAGUUAUAGGAGAAUAUCAAAGGGGACUUAUAAACCACAAGAGUCCUUGUGAGAAUGUUUCUCUAACUCACGUUAUUGUAGACAGUGAUAUUCUCCUACAAAUAAUUCAACUGUGUUGAGUAAAACACUCACAGUUGUCUAGGCUUUGGAAACUUGUUCGUAGUUACUAGUCUGUCACAGACGGCAAGGGUUACGUCUCUUUGAUGUGUGUGUAACCCAGAAAAAGAAAGAAAAUGUGUUCCAGCAUCCCCAAAAUUAGAAAGAAAGACCAGCAAAUGAAAUUGGUUGAAAUGUUAUCAGAACUCUCUACCCUUCUCUGAAUGCAAUGAGUACAGACGAAGUAAAGAUGUCUUUUCUCAGAAGCAGUCUUUUGGAGAUGGUAGUACUUCCUCUAUCAAGACAAACUACAGAUAUUCCUCAGAUCAAUAGUCUUCUUCAACUAGGAUAUCUAUCCUACAACUAGCCUCCAUUCACGUCUUCACUGAACACAUGGGAGGUGCUCCGAGAAGAAUCCGAGUGCAGAGUAGUAUCACAAGACAAGGUCUAGGAAGCUGCAGCUCAUUUUAUUGUUGUUCAUACUGUUUAAAGCAGGCAUGGAAUGGGCAGCUGGCACCAAAUGCAAGGGUUCUUUUACUUUCCUGAAAGCAUCUUCUUCAUGCCAUAAACCAAGUCCUCCCAUGGUACUAUAACAGGCUUGGUUUUGUUCCACGGUUGCUAUCAUUAUAGAAGUGGCUCUAUACAGAAGCAUCUGCUACAUGGCUGCUGGAGUCUCAGUUUAAUAUGUUACUUGUCAUGGAUUUGUGAGUACUUUAAAGAAAUUCUUGACUUGUAUGCUCCUCUUUCCUUGGCUUUACCACACCAUGCAGAUUCAAAUGCCUUGGUCAUUGGGUAAGCAAUAAAUUUUGUCUUUGGGAAGUAAGUAAUUUAACAGAUUUUUUGAUAGAAUUAAGGAUAAAGUUUAAGUGAGACACUAAAACUAGUUUCAUGAGACCAGAUAGUCAAAGCAACUUUUCAAAGGCAAGUGAGACAAACUAUUGAAUUGAAAAUAAGGAUGCCUCUUAAGUCUUAACAGAUUAUUGCACAAACUAUACUCAGAUCAUAUAAGCUUAAAGUGUGUGUCCGUAGAAAAGUUUAUACAAAACUUGCAGAAGGCUGGCGAGGAUGGGAAGAGGUCAAGCCCCUACUUGAAAGAAUUAAAGAAGCUGACUGUGUCAUUGAGGGCCUGGAUAAAGUCAUCAAUAUCCUCGACAGUGUUGCAUGAGUGAAGACUUGCCCGUGCACUUGCACUCACUCCUAAAUGCCGGUGAAGGGGUUGCGCAUAAUGGUAAUCUGAUUGCAUAGCCAUUUCUUGCUGGGAUCACAUAACUCAGUAUAAGCUAUUUUAUUAAAUCUCAUUUAUGUUCCUUCCAUACCUGUUGGUCAAGAAAAGUUGCCAGAUAUGUAGGGUGUAUAUUUUCGACGUUGAAAGAACAUCGAGCAGCGCAGAAGACAUGUUCUGAGGGGGCUGUACGAUAAAUGCGAAUAUCAGGGACCGAACGAAGUCUAUUGUAUAGAUAUUUUGCAAGAAAUAUCUGUAAAAAUAAAAAAUAAAAUUGCAAUCAACUUAAGUACUACAUAAACAUGUGAUCUUGGCUUCAAAAAGAAAAGCACAAUCUUGGUAUAGAUUUCGUUAGAUAAAGUACUUGGAAUGGAAUCCAACUGUUUACUACAGAUCAAUAAUCCAAUUCUUUUGUCAAUUGCUUCCAUCAAUAAUCAUGAAAUAUUUAACUGAACA